CCAACGCCUUCCCGGAUUUGUGGUGGUCUGAGCCACCCCCCCCAUGUUUCUCCUUCUUGAGUCACCUCGCCCCCUCCCCCCAUGGCUCGUCGCGAUUUCUUGCUCUCUCCCUGUUUGAUAGAUCGCUAACAGACUCUGGCUCGAUCUGUCAGAUUGCCUCCCCGCCACCCUCGGACUUUGCGUGAUCCUCUUUGAUGAGUCUGCUUCACCGCUUGUCAGCCUUGGAUCAAUACCCGAACCCGUUGCCGUGACGCUGAGAGUGCCGCGCUUUAUAUUAGGAGCCCACCUCGCUCCUCCAACUUGAGUUUGGGGCCCUCCCUGCAGUCACCGACCCCAUCUCCCCACAAUCUCUCGUGAGUGCCGAUCUUGGUUCGUAAGGCUCCCUUGAAGAAGCGGUCGGCUUUCUGCUUGAGAGCUUGCUCGGGAUAGCUGCGAGAUGGCAGAAACGAGCAUUUUCAUCAAGAACGAGCCUGACGAACACAGCAGUGAUCUGCAUCAGUUCAUGAUGUCGCAAUCCGGCUACUCCAUGUCGAACCAGUUUGGGAACCCCAAUGAAGGGGUGGACCCGUCGGAGCUGAGCAUGCCCAACAGCAAUGGGUUCAUGUCCUACCCCUUCAGCUCGCAGCAGAGCUUCAAUUUUGGAAACUCUGGCAUUGACACUGACGAGCUGUUGGACUUGGAGAUUAACGGCCAGAAUGGCCUGCAACAGAACUAUAUGCAAGACCAGCAUUCUGGCGGUAUCUCCAUGAGUCAUCCCGGCCAGAUGUCCCAGAUGUACUCCAACACACCGGACGGCGCUCCCAUGCACAGCCCUUACAUGCAGAGCUUCAACAACUAUGAGCAUUUCCGGAACAUGGGCCAGCCAGGACAGCCGGGCUCUCACCUCCAGGGCGGAUCUCACUUCGAACAGAGCUACCUCAACGGCAAGAGCCGGCCUAGCCUGCAGGCCGUCGACCGCGCAUCGCUCGAUGCGCGCAGCCCCAUGACCCCCAAAACCCCUGCCCUGGGCGGAUUGACCCUUGGAACCCCGGAGUCCGGAAGCUUCCCCAGCCAGCCCAUCCGGACCGGCCUUCAUCACCGACACCAAAAGACCCUUUCCAACCAGUGGGAUGGUACACCGGGCAGUGCGCAUUCCUUCGUGGAGUCUCCUAUCUCCUCGCCAGGCCACCCGUCCCAUCAUGCCGGGAUCUCAGAAAUCCUCAAAUCCGGAAAGCAUGCUUCCUUGCCGGCCAAGGUUGAUCACAUGCCGGGCAGUGCCCAGGACCUGGAGUCCCAAGAAGCGAAGCGGCGCCGUCGGAGGGCCUCGCACAACCUGGUUGAGCGCCGGCGACGGGACAACAUCAACGAGCGCAUCCAGGACCUCUCCCACCUGGUUCCCCAGCAUCGGUUGGAGGAUGACAAGGUCCGCAAGCAGCUUGUCAACAACACGGCCAUGUCUGCCACCGGAGCUACUCCGAACGCCGCGACGUCUCUGCUGGCCGGGGGCAAUGGUCGCCGGGCCACCGCCGGGAACAUCACCAUGGGCCUGCCGAUCGAGGAGAAGGAGAAAGGCCCGAACAAGGGCGACAUCCUGAACGGAGCCGUAGGCUGGAUGCGUGACCUGAUGUGGUCUCUGCACGUCAAGCUCCAGCAGGAGUCGGAACUCGCCGAGUUAAUCAGCAGCCUGGGAGGCACGUGGCCCUUUGAGCAGACCGAGGAAGAGAAGCGGAUGCGGACGGAGAUCCUCGACGCGCUGGAGAACAACGACCCUAGUUCUUUUAGCUACAGCCGCGCGCCCGGGAGCGGACUGCGGGUGCCGAAACACACGAACAUGGCAGGCGACGCCGUCUCAGGCAACGGAGCGUUGAGCCCGCAGAGCCUGAGCCCGCCGUUCCACGGCGGCAGCAGCAACGGCACCGGGCAGGCUCAGUACUGGAGCAGCUCCGGGCACGCGGGCAUGAGUUUCAAGGAGGAGGACGAGUAUGCGAUGGAGAUGAACUAGAGGCAUUCCAGC